AUGCCUCGUUUUGCGCGCACCGUGGGGCAGCAGGGAGAGGGCAGGUGCGAGGGCGAGGGCAAGGAUGAGGUCGAGGGCAAGGGUGGGGGGAGGGCAAGUGCGAGGGCUAAGAAGAGGGCAACGGCAAGGAUGAGGUCCAGGGCAAGGGUGGAGGGAGGGCAAGAUUUUAACGCCACCCCGCUGCGUGUGCGCAGGUGUGAGUGGGUUGCUGCUCCGGACGCCGCCAUGACGGAGGCUGCGACGGCGACGGCGACGGCCACAGCGACGGCGUCGGUGACGUCGACGUCGGCCGCGUCGUCGACGGUGUCGCUGUCGACGCCCACGCUCUUCAACCUGACGACGCUGGGCAUCGAGGAGGAGGUGAACGGCACCGACGACCACCACGUGGGUGCGCUGCCCUGGUGCGAGUCGUGGCAGCAGCCGCAGCACGUGCUCUUCCAGCUGGCCAACGCCUGCUUCGUCAUCUCGUACGCGGCGCCCUCCUCGGCCUACGGCGUGCUCUUCAUGCACUCCGCCCUCAUCUUCGGCUUCAUGCUCUUCUCCUUCUGGGCGUGGAACGUCAUCUGCGCCCCCGACGUCUUCUCGUGGAACUUCACCUUCAUGCUCCUCAACAUGGGGCAGCUCGUGUACAUCAUCUACCAGAUGCGCCCCGUCAAGUUCGACCCGGAGCUGGAAGAGGCCUACCAGGUGCUGUUCUUUCCCUUCAAGGUGAACGUGAUGUCGGACCACCAGUUCCUGCACCCCAUCAUGCCGUGCGAGUUCCUCGACUCGCCCGAGUUCGAGUCGAGUCGAGCCACCACCGACGACAAGUUCAAGGUGUCGAUCGUGGCGGCCACGUCGUGCCGCUACCUCUACUGGCAGCGCUCGGCGCUCGAGUACCUCUUCGUGAAGGAGACGUACCUCGCCACCGUCAUCACCACGCUGAUCGCGCGCGACAUCACCACCAAGCUCUACGCCAUGAACCGGAAGAUCGUGACGGAGAAGGGCUCGCACCUGGACAUCAGGCUGCCCAGCAUGGCGUCCACGUCGGCCACGGCCGCGGCGGCGGCGGCGGCAGCGGCGGCGUCGGCGGCUGCGGCGGCGGCGGCGGGGUCCGGGUCGGCGUCGGAGACCAAGAGCCCCGCGGCCACCAACCGGGCCAGCGCGCAGACGCAGAGCGCGCUGCUGGCCAGCAUCUGCCCCACGUCGCCCGAGCCACUCCCGGUUUUGGACCUUCUUCAAGUGUUCAGCAGCCGGGAGCGGCUGUGCCCCAAGGAGAACGGGCCGGCGGGGAUAGUGCUGGCGGAGGUGAGC